GUAAUUUUUUUUAGUGAGUCUGUGUUUUUGGUGCGGUGUAUCCUUUCAGUUUUCACUCCUUCUGUCUGAAAAACAUAGUUUUCUUCGAUAAAGAAAGAUGGGGAAGCGACAGCAUCAAUCAGAUAAGAUGUACAUUACAUCGAAGGAAUGGGCAGCCUUCUAUGGCGGAAAGAAACCAGAUACUGGUGAAAGAGCAGCUUUUCGACGCUUGCCAUAUGACCAUUGUAGUUUGUCCUUCCAGCCUUUUGAACACCCGUACUGUACCAAAGAUGGAGUCAUAUUUGACCUGGUCAGCAUCAUGCCUUAUAUCAAGAAAUAUGGAACAAACCCAAUCACGGGUGAAGCAAUGGAUACAAAGGCCCUCAUCAAAUUGAACUUCCACAAGAAUUCUGGUGGUAAAUACCAUUGUCCGGUCACCUUUAAAGUAUUCAAUGCAAACACACACAUUGUUGGCGUCAAACCUACAGGCAAUGUGUAUGCGUAUGAGGCAAUUGAGCAGCUGAACAUUAAGACCAAGAACUGGAAGGACCUUUUGACGGAUGAACCAAUCACCAGAAAGGACCUGAUCACGCUACAAGAUCCCAGCCAUUUGGACAAGUUCAAUAUCUCUGCCUUCUAUCAUGUGCAGAAUAACAUCAAAGUGGAGACUGAAAGUGAGAAGAGAGCAAAGGAAGGAGCAAAUUACUACAUGAAUUCCACCAACUCUGAGACUAAGAACAUUCUGAAGGAACUGUACAGAGACUACAAACCUGCAGAAAAGAAGGAAGAUGACACAAAGGGUGCAGACCACCUAAAUGCUGCUCAUUACAGCACGGGAAUGGUUGCAGCAGGUUUCACCUCUACGGUCAUGAGUCCAGAAACAUCACAAAAAGCAGCUGUAAUUGAUGAGGAUGUUAUCAGAUAUGAGCGAGUGAAGAAAAAAGGUUACGUUCGUCUGAUGACCAGCAAGGGAGUUCUGAACCUUGAGCUUCACUGUGAUUUGGUCAAAAAAACUUGUGAGAAUUUCUUAAAAUUGAUUGCCAAGGGCUACUACAAGGGAACGAUAUUCCACAGGUCCAUCAAAAACUUCAUGAUUCAAGGCGGGGAUCCAACAGGGACUGGCAAAGGAGGUGAGUCUGCGUGGGGUGACCCAAUUAAGGAUGAGUUCAAGCUAGGCCUUUCUCACACAGGCCGAGGUAUUCUCAGCAUGGCCAACUCAGGACCAGACACCAACAAAUCACAAUUUUUCAUCACGUAUAGAUCCUGCAAGCAUUUAGAUAAGAAGCACACCAUCUUUGGGAGGUUGGUGGGAGGAAUGGAUACACUAGCUAAUAUGGAGAGGGUAGAGACAGACAAGAAAGACCGGCCUAAGGAGGUCAUUACUAUUGAAGAUGCUGUUGUCUUCGUUAAUCCAUUUGAUGAAGUAGAUGAAGAGCUCGCAAGUGAACGAAGGAAAAAGCAGGAAGAAAUAGAGUCCAAGAAAGACAGCCAGCCCACAAAGGUUACUGGCGUGUUACCAAGCUCAGAAGAAAAACCUGCAACAUACAGACGAGGCGUUGGCAAGUACAUCCCCUCAACAGCAACAUCACCUAGCCAAGCACAAAGCACAAGUAAGCGACCUUCAGAAACCUCUGUCAGUUCAGAUGCCACAUCAUCAUCAAAAAAGAAGUCAAAGUCAUCCUCAAAGUUUACAGACUUCAGUGCUUGGUGACAGAGUGGGAUUGCUUGUUGCACCAGCAACUUCUAUGCAGAUCAACCCAGCCACUUUGGGUAAGGGUCGUUGACCUCCAUUGUACAAUAUUUGUCUGGAGAUUUGUAAUUUCUUAAAUAUUCAGGCCUGGAACUAUGCAGGAGCCAUAAAGGCUAUGGCUUCUGUUGCCCCUGGUCUUAGCCUUGGUGUCCCAUCAAAAGUUCCCCAUAGACAUAAAGAUUUGCCACUGGAAGUGGUGGGUUUAUGAGGUUUCAUCUAUACACAGAUCAAAAUUUUAGCAGUUCUUGACCAUGAUGAUUUGUCUUUACAGAAUUUAUCCCUAAACCACCAUCACCCCUUGAAACAAAAAUAGUUUGGAGUCAGAUUUAAUGCAUAAUUGUUUCCUUCGCUGCCUUUCACCUCUGUGGACCCCCUAUUCACACUAGAGCCAUUCAUGUGCAUUGAGAUUUCAGUCCCAAUCGGACUGCAUGUAAAGGCAGACUAUUGAUAGUGUUACUGAUCAUUAUGUUGUUGGGUGUAUAAUAAAAUGAAGUAAACUAUAAAAAAAUCUGUUGAUAAUCAUAAAUAAACAAACACCCCCGUAAUACGCACUUAGACAGAAAACCUUACAGCAGAGAGAGAGAGAGACUGGGCUUUCCACUUGGGUUCGAUUGUUUCUUUUCUGAAAAGUUUCAUGUUUCAUUAUUUUGGUGUUUAAAAUAACAUACAAUUUUUUUUUUUACAGUUCCUGCCUAAGAUUUACCCCAUGUGUAGCUCUUGUAAGCACAAUGAAAGGGGUGACUUUUGUUAAAAGCUACAUUGUGUAGAUCGGAAUAACACCAUUUCCAACCCCUCGUUGUUCACGUUAGCCCUAAAACUCUUACAGAUUUACAUGUACCCUUCCUUAUGAUUAUACCAUACAAAACAUUAACAACCUAGUUGUCAGUUUAUCAAUCAGGAUUUCAAAAGAAUCAACAUGCCUUUAGAAAACGUUUUCUUGGUCUUUCUAAAUUAUGGAAAAGUGAGUCUUGUGUAUAAAUAUUGAAGGUUAUCCUUCAGACCUUUACUGUACAUGUUGUUUACUAAAGUUUAACAGUUUUAAAAUCACUUUUGUACAAAUUAUCACAGUUCUUAUUUUAACAAGGAUACAAUAGUUUGAUGUAAAAUGUGUAAAUAUCAGUGUGCGUUUCGAUCGAAUAAACUUGGAAAAGGAAGUCUGUUGUAGAGUUAA